AAUAAAAAGCACGAACAUGAAGUAUUGUAGCGUAAACUGUGUGUGAUUUUAUCACAUGGCUUUUGGUAAAUUAGCCCAAAAUUUAUUUCAAGAAGUUUGCUUACACGGCAUCGACGGCACUGCAUACAGUAGUGCACAUGAAGUUCAACAGGAAUAUACGUUGAUUCUGAACUGAAGGCUCGAAGUUGUUCGAAUCUUCGAUCAUAUUUUUUCCGUGCAAGUUUAUUAUGUUUGAGCCAGAAUUUACACCCAAAACAAUUUUUUAUUUGAAGGGUAUUCCGUAAUAAAUGUGUUUGUGAAAUGACUUAAUAUUAGUACAACCAUUUGUGACCAAUGAUUUUCCGUUUCGGAAAAGUGCAAAUUCCGUUUCCGUUUCCGACAUAAAAAUUCAGUUUCAACUUUACACGUUAAAAAACUCUCUAUUAACCAACGGCCGAUUCAGUUCCGGAGUUGGCAAUUUUCAAAAUUUUACGGAUCCAAUGUUAUAGAGAUAAGCAGUAAAAACAAGUUAGAAACAUGCAACAGCCGUUGCGUUAUCAUUGCACCAAGACAGAAACAGAACGUCAGCCAUUUUGUUUUCACUUUGGCGACAAAAUGUUGAAAGUUUAUGGUUGAUUUGUGACCUUUAUGAGUGAACAAUCAAUGUGUGAGUUCAUAUAGAGCAGGGGUAAGCUGGUUUAUGUAUGGUUGUUGAUUAAAGGGAGGGAUAUAAUGCAAUUUGAGUGAAAAAAAACAGUAAAGAACGUGCCGUGAAUGUGAUGAUUUUGACCUCCAACUCCGUAGUCAUGGUAUGGUAGUGUUACUAUAAAUACCAUAGAGCAAGGCCUAUGCUAAUACAUAUACUAGCAUUGUAAACAACGUGUAUUCAUUUGUACAUCGUUCGUAGGCUGACAUGACCCUGGUUGAACUGACCGAGUCACAAGUUAAAGAAGCAAUAACAUGGAUGAAACAUAAUGAAGAACCAAAGGCAAUGUUAUUUGAGUACAUGGCCAACACCUGUAAACAACGUUACAACUGGAUCAAGACAGAUAGCCCAACUACAGCAGAGAUCCUGGAGGUGUAUCCUCGGCUGUUAGAUCCAGGAAUUGUUGAGCAAGAUUUCCGACUGGCGAUCUCUGAAGAGACUAACCAGCUUUAUGCUAAGUGGCCUUCUUUUUCCAAACAAGUGUACAAGUACAACUCGAAGGUACUCGGGAUCAAUUGGGAAAAGCAGUUGGAUGUAGGAGAGAUCGAUUUUGGCAACUUGACAGAAGAGGAGUGUCAAGAACUGGCUUUCUCAGUUUUGCCAUUACUUUUUGUGGGGAGGAGCAAAGGCAUGAAAGGGAGAUGUACCCCUGCAGAAUCCCUGCGAUCGUUCAUCGAUAUGAAACCAGAAGGUACUGACAUCCAAAACUACAUGGCGAGCAUUCCGGCAAAGGAACGCCCACAGCCCUUCAUUCUUCUUCUUGGUGGAAGCAGGUUCAGCCCUCAACAAGUCUUCAUGGUAGUGGAGAGAAGGGCUGUUUUAUGUUCAUCAAUUCUUCAAGCAGUAGACAUAUGCAUGAAAAUUAUCUAUGUACUCGAUUUGGAUUACCAGCCACACUGCAGUGCAGUGUGGCACAUGCUACAACACAUGGUGUAUAUGUUGCCACCAGGUUCCCUGGCAGGUGUCUCAUUGAUAACUUUCCGAACUUGGCUGAGACAUUUGCCAGAGGCCUAGGUAGGAAUCUAUUUUCAGAUAGGUUAUACACACAGCAUAAAUAAAGAAAAUUCCGAAACAAAAAUAUAUGUAAUGGCAAAGAAAUUAUAAUAAUAAUGAAGUACAUGCAUAG